UGGGAGAAGUUAGUUUUCCUUUUUUCCCUUUCUUUCUGAAGAGAUGGGUAAAAGGGCCCUUUCACAUUCUAAAAGUCCUGUUGGUCUGUAAAAUAAAAACCCAACCCAACCCAAAUGUCUCCAUUUUGUCUCAUUUUUGGUAAACUUCUCCUCGUGGUCCAGCUCCCACUAAGCUCUCGCAAAAUCCCAAUCGUGAAUCGUAAACUUUCUAGUUGCCUCAAUCGAUUAGCUUUUCCUUAUGCACAAACGUCGUUAAGGGUGCUGUCAUGUGGGCGGAGAUUCUCUGUGGUUUCUUAGCGUUUAGAGUGCUAAGGCGAUUCUUUUUUCCAAGAGAUGAAAUGGAGAUCGAGACCAUUGAUUCUAGUGCCCUAUUCGCUGUGGCUUCUAGACUAGAGAAGCUUUAUGGUGGAAAGGCUUUUGUGGGACUUCGAAUUCCAGAUGCUGACACUGGUUUGCGACAGAGUAUUGAUAUGGUUCUUGUAACCAAAGGGGAAGCAGUGGUGAUAUGUGUCAAAAAUCUUUCAGGUUUUGUUUCCAUGAGUGCUGAUGGAAGCUGGAUCUGUGAAGGUGAUGGUAGACAAAAGUCAGAGAUUCUGCCUGAUCCAGUAGCUGAGACCCGAAGAUGGGUUUCAAUUCUUGAGUCAUACUUUGAGCAGAGAGGAGUUGCACUACCUGAAGGAUAUUUAUCGUGGAAAGUUCUACUUCCCAACCCGAAAUUCCGAACGAUCCAUUCAAACUAUUUCCCAUCUGAAGUUAUCAUGUAUGAUCAAUGGAUACAUUUGAAACCAGAACCAAAAAGCAUGUUCUCUGGUUGGAUAAAGAGUGCUUGGCUUGGAGGGAAGAAAGAAAUGCAGGACUCCAUGGAUCAGAAGCUAAAUUUUGUCCUCAACACUGCACCCAUGUGGGAUAGAUUGGAGCUUAAUGGAAAUAACAUUGUUCUGGGAGAAUUCUUGGAGUUCAAAGUGAAAAAAGAAGAUAUGCAGGCUUUGAGAGAGAUUAGAAGAUCAAAAGUUAGUUGCAUACUCAUCCAGAAGAUCAGAAGGAUCGGAUUUGUUCCUUCAAGAUUUCGAGUUUUAUACUCCACCCGGGAUUAUCGAAACGAGGGGGCCUCUGCUUCUGAGUGGAAGGAAGUAACAGUAGGAUCUAGCACAAUGGUAGUAUUUCAGAUGGAAUAUUCUUCUAAAGUUCGAAAAGUCAAGAUCUCUUCAAUUGUAUCUCUAUCAUUGAGUGCCUGAAGUCUGCUCACUAUUGUUACUUUUAAAAUUUUGAUCAUGACUCUACUACCAAUAUAGAUUUGUUCAGUUGAGAAGAAGACUGUUAUGUACUUUCUUUUUGUUUCUUCUUACCUAUCUAUCUGUAUAGCUAUGUAUAUUUUGUCCAUUCACCCUUUAAUGCGUAAAUGUUUCUGAAACAGUGUAUAUAUGAUUUCUAUAUACAUUGGGGUCAUUUGUGAUGUUAAUGAUAUACAUAUUUGAUUUAUGUAUAAAAUGGUUAUUUGUAUCGUUAA